AUGGAGGCCUUGCAUAGUCACUUGACUACUGGGGAGCAGUCCGGAGAUCAAGAACAUUAUCAGCCAGAGUCUCCUCACCAAGACCCCCAGCCCAAGUCUCCCUCCCAACACAGUCUGCAACAGCAAAUCGGCCCCCAGAAGCCUCAUGAAUUAUCCCAGCAACCCAAACCAUCCAGGAGACAGCACCCUGAUCGCAAGCGUCUCAGACAUCAGCGUCAGAGUGUCAGCUCAAGCACAGCACAGGAGGGCAAGCAUGCUGAUGCAGCAACAACAAAAAAAACGACCAUGGCCCCUUGCUCACCGACUGGGGUCUCGGCUUCUGCAACAACGAGUUCCACUAAAUCUAAGCAGGAAACCCAGGAGGGCACCCCAAAACAGAAACGUGAGCGGAAACCUCAGCGGCCCGGCAAAUACGUUUGUACUUACUGUGGCCGUGCAUGCGCAAAGCCCAGUGUCCUCCAGAAACAUGUCCGCUCCCACACUGGGGAGCGGCCCUAUCCCUGUGUCCCAUGCGGCUUCUCUUUUAAGACCAAGAGUAACUUGUACAAACACCGUAAAUCACAUACACACAGGGUAAAGGCGGGCCUGGCCCUUGGGGAGUCGAGGCCUUUGGAGGACCAAGAGUCAGAGGAUGACACCAGACAGCUAUCAUCAGCAACUUCCAGUUUGGAAAAACAAAACUGUGUAUCAUCCCUCAAGAGCAAUGAACCAGACAAGGCUGAAGAUCGCUCUGGAGGGACAGAUGACUCCUAUGCAGUAAAGAAGAGGCUGGCCAUGCGUCUGAGUAGAGGGAAACAUGGUCCGCUGGACUGCCCGGAUGAAAAGACCUCAUCAUUAGUUCUAGGGAGCAGAGGAAGUACAGAAUCAGGGUAUUUCUCUCGCUCUGAAAGCACGGAGCAGUCACAGGAUAGCCCCCCCAACACAAGUGCCAAAAGCUAUGCAGAAAUCAUCCUCGGUAAAUACGGACGUCUUGGACAGUUGCAGAGGAUGUGUCGUAACCAGAACCAGCAGCCCUCAGGUAAGGUGGAGAAAAACAUCCCUUUCACAGUACCUAAGAAGCAAGUCAUUGACCAUAUCACUAAGCUCAUUACCAUCAAUGAGGCAGUGGUAGACACCAGUAAGAUUGACAGCGUGAAACCAAGGAGGUUUUCCCUCUCUAGAAAGAAUAGCACAGAGUCUCAGAAGGGUUUAUCAAUAAAAGAAUCCAUCAUCCACAAAGAAAGAGAUUCUGGUUACAAAAAUAGUGGCUCCAUCACUAUGGGAGUUCCAUGUGAAAAAUUUUAUCAUCAGGCCCAAAAUGUGGAACCACCUGGUGGCCAAACAACCACUGCUCCUCUUUUGAGAAGUCACUCCAUGCCCUCUGCUGCCUCCUUGCUAGAUGCACCCCAUGGCAGUCCAUGUAGAUUUCGCUUAAGUCAAUCCUUUGAUGAACGAAAGCUUUCAGAGAUGCAGACAUCCCGUCGAUACGGGAUGCUAAGACGCCAGCCAGCUAUUGAAAUCCCACUUGGUGCUGAACCUCUUAAAGAGGAAGUUCACAGUUCCCAUUUAUUUUACCAUGACAACAUAACCACCGUGCCUGACCACAAGCAAAUUCAACCACAGCCGUAUGAGUGUGAGGCCUGUGGCACUGGAUGCAAAGACUGGAAAGGUUACAAGACCCAUAAGCAAAGCCAAUGUUUAGCACAGCAUCCCUCGAAUACAAGUGAGGUAGCAACUAGUCAAAUGGAUUGCCCUCAACUAUUAAACCAUCCCAUCAGACCUGGCGGGUCAGUGAUGCGCAAGAGAAGGAAAGAGGAGAGUUUUGAAUUUGAUGAUCCUUCUCCUUUCAUUUCCUCUUCACCCUCCCCUGCCGUUUCUUUAGGACCAAGUAGAGAUGAAAUUAAUGUCCCUAGAAGACCCACGUUACAAACAUUUUCAGUUAUUCAGCAUACUAGUUCAUUUGAAAAACAGGAAAAUUUGUGCACUGAGAAUCAGAGCAGAGAGGCAGUGAAAAGCUCUCCUCCUCAUGAAGAAUAUCAAGCAAUCCAUCAGAAACAACAGUCCACAAAACCAACACCGCGAAAGUUGGUCCGCCAGCACAAUGUUCAGGUUCCAGAAAUACUGGUGACAGAGGAUUCAAACACAAACGCGAAGUCUCUGCCGGAGUCUACUUCCAAACAGUCUGAGAAGCUUGACGAAUUUCAAUGGCCACAAAGAAGCCCCACUCUGGCCCAACUCCCAAUUGAAAAGCUUCCUCCAAAGAAAAAGCGUUUACGCCUGGCUGAAGCAACCCAGUCCUCUGGAGAGUCCAGCUUUGACUCUACAUCCCUGCCCCACAGCCCCAGCCAGGACAGCAGUGCAUCUUAUGCAUCAAGCCGUUCUGCAUCCUUUGAAGAAUCAACUAGAUUAGACAUGGAGAAAGCAACAUCAGCAACGCCACUGAGAAGAUCAAGAGCCCCUCACAUGUUGACUGUUCCGGGGGUACAUCAGCACAGGGAGAUGAGGCGCUCAGCCUCAGAGCAGGCACCUCAUGACCCACAACAAGGGAUCCUUAUGUCAGAGAGCCGCAGCAAAUCCUUUGACUACAGCUGUCUGUCUCCUGAACGCUCAGCCAUUGGCUGGAGAGAGAGACGAAAAUGUCUCCUUGUGAGACACAACACUGUCAGGGACCCAGAUGAGGAGGAGGAGGAGGAGGAGGAAAAGGAGGGGAAGCCCACCAAACAAAUCUGUGAUCCUGUCGUCCCCAGCACAUCAUCCAUGAUGACCCCCAGUGCCAUGCACUGUAGCAGGUCCCCGAGUUCUCCCUUGUCAGGUGAUGCAGUGUUAUGUAAUCCAGUGAGAUCGCAACACCAAGAGCUCUUCUCUCGGUGGAAAGGUAGUCAGAAUAUUCAAUUUACGGGCAGUGCAGAACUUCCCCCUACUGAUAGCCCAACUGUUAACCCUGUAAAGGACAACGCCUCACCUAUACACACAGGGCAGCCCCCAGGCCUCUCUCUAACUUCUGUUGGAGCAGCAAUGGCUCACUAUCUCCCUAUAGCCUCUGGGCUGAAGCUGGAGAUCCCCACACAAAGACAUAAGGAAUAUUCCGUUCAGUCGAGUCCCUCUCAACCUCUGACCUCUCUCCCAAACAUCACCUCCAGCACAGAGUUACUUAGACCCCCUACAUCUCCAGUGGUGGCAGUGCGUCUCCAGGCAGACACCCAAAUCUCAGCCUGUGCCAUAUAUACCACAUUGUCUCAAAUAACCCCAUUCAGGCCUGGGGAGCCUCUUGGUGCUGUUUCAUCCAAUACAACUAUCCCAAUAUCGGAUUACUGUAGCCACAGGGAUUUAAAUGCAGAGUUUCAGGUCUGGUUUGAGGAUGGUCUGAGGUCGUCCAGCUCGGGGGGCAACAAGCGGAUGCUUUCCCCUUCAAACAGCAUAGAACUUCACCCGGAGUCGCAGCAACAGCAAAAGCGUGUAAAGGAGGAAGAAGAGAGCAAGCACACAUCAGCUGAUGCAUCCAAUGAGGAAGACAAGCAGGUCGAACAGACUUAUCUACCUGGCGUUUGCUCUCCCAUUAGACACAAUUUGUUUCCAAGUCUGCAGUCCAGCACCUGUAACAGUUGGUGUUAUCUGAACUACAUCAAGCCAAACCCAUCUCUAUUGGAUGAGCAGAAGCCCUCUGUGUAUUCAACCUGGUCCACCAGCAGCUAUGACCCCAACCCCCUUGGCCUCUCUAGUAAGACAGCUCUGUCUCUGCUGCACUGCAAACAGAGGCUCAGCUCCUCUAUCUACACCAUGUCUUCCAUGUCAGACGGCACUACUGAACCCAUGGAGCCAGAGCAACGUAAAAGACCAUGCUCCACUGAGGUUCACAACAGGCAGUCCUGUGACAGAGACCAUGUCGCAACACCGGAGAGACAGCCCUCGACUUACGCCACCGUGUCCGUUCGAGGAAAGGCGGAGGAGGAAAGUGAGGAGGUCCAGCCACCCUACAGAUAUAAGCGCCCGCCACAAGUUUGGAUCUGUGAGGGAGGAGCCAAUGAGAAGUAUGGGCAUGCUGGAGAAGGCGGGGAAAAGGACUGUGGGGCGUGUGGAGCCCACUGCAAAGAUGCCGGUGAGCCGUGGAAACACACUUGCUCGCAAACAGACCCUUCCCCUUAUGUCUGCAAGCACUGCAGACUGGAUUCCGAAACCAAAGUAACCCUCACAGAACACAUGAGGUCUAACGCAGCUGGAGAAAAACAUGAAGAGAAAGGAUUUCCUCCAGAUAACACUGAUGAAGACGAUAGUGAUAGCAUUCCCACACGAAAAUUCUGA